AUACCCACUUGAUAUACCAUUCCCAAAACCGCAGUGGAUAAGUUUAUUGAAUAUUGAGUCGAAUCGCGUCGUUCAGUAUAUUACGCUAAGUGAAAUCUGAUACAUUAUUUUUAUUAGAAUUGUCGUUUUUCUCACAGUUUCCCAUCUUAGUGUUAAUGUAAAAUAAUCAAUUCAUCAAAAUAUAAGGAAAUGAUCAAGUUUUAUUGUUGGAAAAUUUAUUAAAAACGAAAUUUGUGAUUAAUGAAGCUGAAAAAAUUUGAAGGAAAUGGCAUUUUUCUGUAAUGUGACGCUACAGUAUGCCGUAUAAACGAAUCGUCGCAAUUAUACUUCUACCACUGUUUGUAAAAAAUUCAGCAAACUUCAACCCCGACGAUGAUUACUACGAUCCACCGAAAUACAACGAAGACGUAUUUCGACCAGUUCCUCUAUUUUUAGGAGAAGACGUAUCCGGUUGCGUAUGUCGAGAGAUUCCAAAUAUUUUAACAUUAUGCUUCGGCGUAACUAUGUGCAAUUCCCUUCCGAUAGGUCUCAAUAUUACAACCCCUAUUUUAAGUAUAGUUAGUACUAAUAUAUCGGUGAUACGUCGGGGUGAUUUGGCGAAUUUAUAUUUUUUACAAGAUUUAAAAAUCGAGGGGAAUUAUAAUUUAACGGAAAUAUCGGGUGGGGUUUUCGGAAAUAAUUUUACGAAAUUGGAAAAUUUAUCGAUUAGUUAUAAUAAGAAUUUGAAAUAUUUGAAUAAAAAUACUUUUAACGGUUUGGUUAAUUUGAAACAGUUAUUUUUAAUUAAGAACGGUUUUACGCGUUUAUAUGAAAUCACAGUGAAUUUAUCACCUGUUAUUUUACCGAGGUUGAAAAAAUUGAGUUUGAACGAGAAUAAUUUGACGAAAAUCUUCAAGGACGAUUUUAUAUUUAUGAAAGAUAGUUUGUUGGAAGAAUUUAAUAUUAUUUCGUGUAGUUUAGAUUAUAUUCAUCCGAAAGCGUUUUUACCUUUAAAGAAAUUACGAACUUUACGUAUGGGGGAAAAUUUUUUUAAUGUUACUGUAAUAACGGAGGUUUUAGAAGAAAUUGUUGACGUUAAUAUACCUUUGAAGUUGUUAAAUCUUUAUUCGGCUGGAUUUAGAGUGAAUUUACCUAAAAAAUUGUUAGAAAUCAUAGCGAUUUCUAAUAUAACUCAUUUAAAUUUAGCUAAAAAUCAAUUUCAUAGUAUACCUUCGGGUGUAUUUCCCCUAAUGCCGAAUUUAAAAUCACUAGAUUUACGCGAGGCUUUUAUUUACGAUAUUUCUGAUAAUGCUUUGGAUAAUUUAACAAAUUUGGAAUAUCUCAUUUUGAGUGCUAAUAAUUUACCUUCUAUACCAAAAGGUGUUUUAUUAAAAAAUCUCAUUAAAUUAGAUAUACAAGAAAAUUCGCAAAACGGUGCUAGAGCGUCGUAUUUUCAAAUUUCUAAAGGUUCUUUUUUAGAAAUGAAAAAUUUAGAAUAUUUGAAUAUGGGAUAUAAUAACAUACCGCAUUUAUUUCAAUAUACUUUUAAAGGUUUAAAUAAUUUAAAAUAUUUAAUAUUAAAAAACUGCACUUUAUAUCGAUUACAAAAUAAAACUUUCGAAAAUAUGAAUAAACUCAAAUUAUUAGAUCUUGAAAAUAAUUUUUUUAUAACAAAUAAUUAUCCUACAGGAUUAACAAGUGAAAUGUUUGAAGGAUUAGAAAAUUUAGAAGUACUUUUAUUAGGAGGAAACGCCAUGACUUAUUUUAGUAAAUUCGGAAAUCCUUUUAUUAACUUAAAAUCGUUAAAAAAAUUAGGUUUGGAUAGAAAUUUGUUAGUAACAGUAGAAUCGAAUCAAUUUUCCGCUUUAAAACAAUUAGAAAUAGUAGAUUUUUCAUUUAAUUUAUUAAAAAUAUGGCAAAAUAGAAUAUUCGAUUCGAAUCCUAAAUUAAAAAUAUUAUUAUUUGAUCAUAAUAAAUUAACUCAUCUAACACCUGGUAUGCUUGAAGAUUUUCAUAACCUCACUAAGCUCUCUUUAGCGUAUAAUUCUUUUAUAUGCGAUUGUCGUAGUUUCAAAUUAUAUAAUAAUUUUAUAAACAUUUAUAGAAACGAAAAAAUAAUUAAAAUACUAAAAAAUUCCGAAGCAAAUUGUUUAACACCCUAUACAACAACUAAUCACGUGAUUACUAAUAUAAUCGAUUAUUUCGAAUACGUAGAAAAUGAUAUAAUACACUGUGAUAUAAAUAAACGUUUAAUCGUCGUAUUACCUUUAUUAUUAUUAAUAAUUUGUUUUUUAUCUUUAAUAAUACUAGUUUUUUAUUACAGAUGGCAUAUUAAAUAUUGGUUAUUUUUAAUAAGAUUACAAAUCAGUAGAAACGGUAAAAUCAAAUCUAAAUCGAAUGAUAAACUUAAUUACGAAUACGACGCUUUCGUUUCUUAUAGUAACGAAGAUAGAAAUUUCGUUGUUAGAUUAGUUUCGAUGUUGGAAAAUUACGAACCAUUUUUAAAACUUUGCGUUUACGAAAGAGAUUUUCACGUCGGACAUUUUAUAUCCGAAUGCGUGUUAAAAUGUAUAGCUAAUAGUCGUAAAACUAUUUUAAUAGUGAGUGAUAAUUACGCGAAAUCUCAAUGGUGUAGAUGGGAGAGUCAAAUCGCCGAGCAUCACAGAUUAUUUUUCGAAAAUGAAGACGGCGAAUACGUCGCCGAUGCUUUGAUUGUUAUCAAAUUGGGACCGGUUAGCAAAGUUCACAUGACGCCGAUGUUGAGGUAUUUGUUAAAAACUAGAAUCUAUUUACAAUGGGAAGCGGACGAGAAAAAACAAAAAAUAUUUUGGAACAAAUUGAGGAAUACGCUUUCACCGCCCAAGAAUGAUAAUGUCGCUGAAAUCACACACAUGUAAAAACAAAUUUUAAUCUGGAUCUACGAAAACGGGAACCCACCGAUUGGCUUCAAUCGCACACUAGAUGAUUGUACGUAAAAGGAUUUCUGACGUCUCACAACGAAUAGGGAUAAAAAAUUCCUAACCUAACCUAACUUAUAUAGGUUUAUUCUUGCUAUCUGCACUGGAACUGGGCCAGUGCAGAAUCUGUUCGAUGGGAUACAAAGAACGAUAUAGUGUAGAGAGUAAUGAAGCAUUUGUCGAUUGUUGUAUUUGAGAUUAUUUGUUGUAAUUCAGGCCUUGUAGUAUUUCCAAUAAUGGAAAACGAUUUAGUACUUUCCGAAGACGAAGAUGUAGUGCCGUUUCCAGAUUACACUUAUUGCACUGUCUUGCACUACACUGCACUGGCUGAACUGAUUCUACACCCAGUGAAAUACUAGUUCUUUUGCAUUGCUACCAAGAACAGCGACGCUAGCGCUGGUUCUGCUACAAAGAACGCUUCAUUGUACACUUCUUGAACUAGUUUUGCCGGUGUAGCUACCAAGAACAAACCUAAUGACGAUGCUGGAUGAAAGAAUUUGUGUCAUAACAAAUCUAAAUAUAAGUACAAAAUAUCAGUAACCGAAAAUACGUGAUUAAGUUAGGUUAGGAUUUUUUUUUCAUUUUUUCUUCCUGCGAGAUGUCUAAAAUUUGAAGCCAAAUGUAAUUUAUCUCGAUUGUUCCAUAAAAAAAAAACAUAGAAAUCACUUUUUUUUGAAACAAUAUUAUUUUCAAAUCAAAUCUUCUUCGAAACAUUUUAAACGAUUUUUGAAUCGUUUUUAAUCAUUAAAAGCAACCAAGGGAAUGUUGUAGAAUCGUGCAAAUUCGUUUUGAUGUUGGUUCUUUUAUAUGUUUUGCAACUUUUUCGUCUAAGACAGCAGUCCUUGUAGUUGUAAGGACUAAGAUAAACUGUUAAUACAAAAGGAUAUAAUGUAAGGAUGAGGAUGAGGAUCGAAUCGAUUGACUUCAUAUAAAAUGGUCGUCGAGACACUUAAUUUUUUUACAAAUAUUUCAUUUACAGUAAAAGACUUUUACGUUAAAUAACUUUAACAAACAAAUUAAUAUUAAUAAACACUGAAUUUAUUGGAAUGAAUUUAUAUUUAUUUGAUUUAUGUUAUGUCUUUUUCACAUUUUUAUAUUUGAAUAUGUAUCUAUCUUACUAAUUUUUUACAUUGUAUUGAUUUUUGUUAUUACAAUAAAUCGUGAUUUUUCGAA